CCGUCCUCUCCGAGAAUCGUAUUGCUAACGAAAACAGCCUGCGAAAAGUAGACGGAGAACUGAACGGGGAGUCGCCGGCGCCGCCGCGGAGCAGCAGGACUAGGGAGCGUCGAUCCCGAGGGCACCAGGAUGCAUUCGUUCGGGCACCGAGCCAACGCGGUGGCGACGUUCGCCGUGACGAUACUGGCGGCGAUGUGCUUCGCCGCCUCCUUCUCCGACAGCUUCAACUCCCCCACCCCCACCGCCUCCGUGAAGAUCUUGAACAUCAACUGGUUCCAGAAAGAGGCCAACGCCAACGACGAGGUUAGCAUGACGCUGAACAUCUCGGCCGACCUUUCGUCUCUAUUCACGUGGAACACGAAACAGGUGUUUGUUUUUGUGGCAGCUGAGUAUGAGACACCACAAAAUGCCUUGAAUCAGGUUUCCCUUUGGGAUGGAAUUAUACCAUCAAAGGAGCAUGCCAAGUUUUUGAUCCAUACCACAAACAAGUACAGAUUUAUUGAUCAGGGAAGUAAUCUAAAGGGCAAGGAUUUCAACUUGACGAUGCACUGGCACAUCAUGCCCAAGACCGGCAAGAUGUUUGCAGACAAGAUCGUCAUGACAGGCUACCGGCUCCCGGAGCAGUACAGAUAGACCGUCCACGAUCCAUGGCUCGGUGGGCGCUAUGCUAUGCAAAUGCAGGAGGUUUAGUAGCAGUGACAUGGCUGCUGCCGAGCUUUUUUGUUCUAAUCCUAGCGGGACGUGUAAACUUACUCAUGAGCUUGUAUCUUAGCUGAAACCAUGUGACACAAAAGUUAAAUUAACCGAGCAAAGCGAACGUGGUGCGGCAAACUGUGUCCUUAGAGCCCCUUUUGUAGCAAAGCCCACGGGCUGAAAAGCACGGUAUUGCAGUAUCCGUUCGACCGUUCCAAUCCAA